AUGCGUUCCGUCUUCGCCCUUAGCAUUGCCGCCUUCACUGGCUUGGUCGCUGCUCAGGACACUACCCAGCAGAACUACCCAUACACUAUCGACCCCGAAACCGUCGACCAGUCUACUAGGGAUUACUGGUGCGACCAGAACAGGGCACAGUGCCCUCUCAUCUGCCUCCAACAGCCCGGCGUAGACUCCAUGACCACCGAGCAGAACGACUGCGACUCCGAUGCUCUGACCUACACUUGCGUCUGUGACAACGGUGUCGCUCCCAACAUCACAGAGUACUCGCAGACCCUGCCAUACUUUAUCUGCCAACAAUGGGGAAACACCUGCGUCGCGAACUGCAACGGUGACAGCACCUGCCAGAGCGCGUGCCGUGAGGACCACCCAUGCGGAGCUCAAGACCCCUACCGUGGCAACACCUCCCUCCCUACCACCAUGUCCUCCACCGCCGCCCCAACUGGCUCCAACGGCGCCGCUACAAACACCAUCCCCGUGACCGGCUUCGGCGGUGCCUCUGAGACUGGUUCCAGCAACAACAACAACGGUGGCUCAUCCGACCAAGGCGGCGCUGGCUCCCUCUUCAUGCCCAACGCUGGUCUCGGCCUCGCCGCCGUAUUCGGCAGCGUCUUCUUCGGCUUCGCCGUCCUCUUGUAG